AUGACGUGGUGUAACAAUGCGUCAUGUCUGGCGCCCACAACUGGGGCAAGUCCACAAAUAUUUGCUGCCACGCUCCAAUACUUCGCAGCAGCACAGUGUCUCCUCAGUCAUCAGAAUGUUCCUGAUACUCCCAUUCUAAACUUCCAAAGUUUUGAUUUCAUAAUAAUCGGCAGUGGAACAGCAGGGAGUGUACUUGCGAAACGACUUAGUGAAGUUAAACAUUGGAAGAUAUUGCUCAUAGAGGCUGGAGGCGACCCGCCUGUUGAAUCUCAUAUUCCAGGCUUAGACAACUCAAUGACUGAUGAUGUUUUCAACUGGAAUUAUCUAUCAGUAAACAACGGGGUUAUAAAUCAAGCCAUUAUUAACGGCUCCAUAAACUUAUCAAGAGGCAAAAUGUUCGGAGGAAGUAGCAGCCUCAGUGAAAUGCACUACAUUCGUGGGCACGACCAAGAUUACCAAAAAUGGUUUAACGCUGGAAACAUCGACUGGACUCACGACGAUAUCCAUCGAUGUUUCAAAAAGAUUGAAAAUCUGCAAAACGAGAAACUAUUGAAAGAUCCUGCCAUUAACAAAUAUUACGGUGAUAAAGGACAAUUAAUAUUAAAUAGGUUUAAUAGCACCAAUAGAGACAUUUCCAACAAUAUUCUUAAGUCUUGGCAUGAAAUGGGAUUUAGAUACGUUCCUGACUUGAAUAUGGCUGGUCUUAUAGGUUCUGGUAUUGUAACGGCCACGGCCACCAAUGGAGAGAGACAAAGCACAUAUACAGCAUACUUGGAGCCAAUUAAGAACAAAUGGAAUGUCAAGAUACUUAAAAAUGCUUUUGCAAGAAAAUUAUUAAUAACAAAAGAUUCGAAAUUAUGCUUCGGUGUUGAGGUCGAAAAAGAAGGUAAAAUUCUAAAUUUCUAUGCCACUCAUGAAGUAAUUUUGAGCGCUGGAGCCGUAAACACACCACAUCUGCUGAUGUUAUCCGGCAUUGGAUCUAAAGAUCACCUAGUAGCUAAGAAUAUUAGCUGUCUAGUUGAUUCUCCAAUGGUAGGACAGAAUCUUCAAGAUCAUUUUCUAGUUCCAAUAACCGUUUACGGUGAUGGACCUGAAAAACUAACAGUAAAAGAAACCCAUCGAGAUGUUGCAAACUAUCUUUUAGAUCGUACUGGACGAUUAGCUGAAAGUGCAAAGUUCACUGACAUAACAGCAUUUUAUUCUACUAAGAAUAAUCCCUUUCAUCCAGAAUUCCAAAUUCACCUUUCAAUAGUCCCAAAGAAUACAACUGACUUAGAAGGAAUGUUUAAAUCUCAAUACAGAUACAAAGACUCCAUAAUAGAUUCUAUGACAAAACUGAAUAAGAACCAUUCACUUUACUUCUUUGCUUUUAAUCUUUUACAUCCAUAUUCAAGAGGAAACAUUUCUUUAAACACAAAUAAUCCAAAAGACGCACCUCUCAUAUUUACAAACUACUUCAGCCACGCAAGAGACUUAGAAAUCGCCGUUCAAGGUCUAAAAAUGGCGUCUAAAGUAGUGAAGACCAAUUUUUUCAAGAGUAUACGAGGAUAUUUAGGAAGAAUGAACUGGCCAGCUUGCGGUGUUUUUGAAUUGGAUAGUGAAGGCUAUUGGGAGUGUGUUUCUAUGAAUUUGGUAACUUCUAUGAGCCAUCUUGUAGGAACUUGUAAGAUGGGCCCUGAUCCGAAGACAGCAGUUGUGAAUAGUAGACUGAAGGUCCAUGGAGUAUCACAUUUGCGAGUGGUGGAUGCCAGUGUGAUGCCAGAAAUAACUAGUGGUAAUAUUAACGCACCCUGUAUCAUGAUAGCUGAGAGAGCUGCAGAGUUUAUUAACGAAGAAUAUUUUAAUUUUAAAUAGAAUUUAUCCUAUUAAUGUGUUUUUAAUGAAAUUGAUAAUGUUAAUGAUUAGCGAUUUAGUCUGUUAUUUGUAUACGGAAAUCAAUGAAAUCCUAAAAUAGCUAACCACGCUAAUUUACAUGUAAAUAACUGAUUUAUUCGUAUUUGCAAAAUUACUAAAUUACG